CAAUGUCAAAGACGUUUAAUUCGAGUCGCACGGAGAGGACGCGCCAGCGUGGAUAAAUACUGCCAAUUUAUCACUGGCAAUAACGUCAUAGACUUGGAAUUGAACUCAAAGUGCUAAAUGACGGCAUUUUAGUUAAAAAGAACUGUUCGAAGGUGUUAAAAUGAAUCUUCACGCAGUAAAAAUGAUAUCGCGAAUUACGUUCGUUUUGCUCGUGUUGGAAACAUCACGUUCUUUUGUUGAAGCAGAAAGCUUUGAAUAUUCGGUGGAUACCUUCAAGGGAUCUAGAAGCAAUUGGUACGACUUCUCGCCGUAUGAACACGAGCGCCAGCGCCGCCAGGCCCCAACAGCAGUAGCGCCUGAAUCUACAACUGCAUCCAUAACUCCACCUUCACCUACUAACAACACUGACUCCAAUAGGACUACUAAUAAUGACAAGCCAACAGUGGUGCCAGAACAGAAACUAUUGGGCGUCAAUGGAUCGGGGAUUUUGCACGUGAAUGUGACCAACCUGCCCAAAGUCAGCGACCCCAUAUCAGCCACUGAUGGUGCCACAGUGGACCAGCACCUUCUCGGAGUGAACGGCUCGGGAAUCCUGCAUGUGAAUGUCACGAAUAGCAUGCCAGAUGACGAUUCCGCUUUAGGCAAUGAUACGACGAAUAUAUUCAAAGAAACGCCGGAAAUUAUCAAGGCGGAGCAGCAUUUAGCCAACCUCACUUAUGACGACCACAAUUUCUACAAGAGCUCUUUCAUCGGUAACCUGACAUACUUCCAAGAGUACUGGACCAACAUUAGCAAGACAAAGGCCGAGCCGCAUGAGAUAUUGAGUAACUCCCAUCGACGGGCGAGCACUAUCAAAUUGGGCUUCGACUUUCCGUUCUACGGGCACGGGGUUCGCAACAUAACUGUGGCGACCGGUGGUUUCUUGUACCUAGGAGAUCUAGUGCACAAUUGGCUGGCCGCUACUCAAUACAUCGCACCGCUUAUGGCCAACUUUGAUACCACAAUCUCCAACGACAGCGUGGUCAAAAUGUAUGAUGACGGUGAGAAAUUCACCGUGUUCUGGGAGAACGCGACACUCCAAGAAGCGCCCGACAAGAAGUUUACCUUCGCUGUGACCCUGUACAAGAAUGGUGACAUCGUGUUCGCGUACAAGGACGUGCCCAUCCCGGUACAGUCCAUCAAGGACGAGGAACACCCCGUCAAAGUUGGCAUCAGUGAUGCCUACCUCAAGGACAAGAUUAUAUUCUACGUCAGGCGGAAGACGAUAUACGAGUACCAUCGCGUGUCGUUCAAGUACCACGAGAUAACCAAUAACACGGUGCUGCGGCUGACUGCUUUACCCACGUGCCUCCAGUACAACAACUGCAUGUCAUGCGUCAACCACGACACUAGCUUCGAUUGCACUUGGUGCGAGGCGCUUCAGAAGUGUUCUAGCGGUACCGACCGCAAUAAGCAAGACUGGCUUUUAAGAAACUGCGACAAGGUGACGAUAUCGAAGGAGGCUUCGUGUCCUGCCGGCGUGGACGCCCCCGCCGGCGCCAACACCGCCUACCACACGGACAGCCAGCCGCCUAGAGACGCUGAAGUACACACACUGAACACAGAAGUGGUGAAGAAAGCGGAGUCUCCGUUGACGGCGCCUAUAUCUAAGCCGGAACAGUCGUCGCCAGUGGGCGGCGUGGUCACCGCGUUCGUGGUCAUCACCCUGAUCUGCUGCUUCGCUGGCUGGUUGCUUUACGCCUUCAAGAACCCGCUGUCUCGCAGCGGGCAGAUACUCAUUAGGUACCGACCUUCGCAAUGGGGAUGGCGACGCGGCGAGGCCCGAUACACGGCAGCCACCAUACACAUGUAAAUA